AUGAGUCAGCUGCAUUCCAGCCUUUCCCAGACAGGACUAGCUCCCGCUGUCCGCUUCGGCGGCUCUCGCAGCUCCGCCGAGAAAAAAUAUCUCCGCCCGCCAGAAUUCCACCCUCGACUUCCUCCCUUCCUCCAGCCCAGACCAGGGCAUCUACGGGCUAAUUCACCUCGUCAGCAGCGCCUUCAUCUCGGGCCUUCUUUCCAGUCUGCGGUGCAAAGCGCCGAACAUCAGAUAUACCGUUCCGUUAGCACCGAUCCACAUGUCAACCUCGCAAUUGAAAACUACCUCUACAGUCACAGCCCUGAUAAUUCAAAAGUCCUCUUCCUGUACGUGAACCGCCCAAGUGUUAUCAUCGGAAGAAACCAGAUACCAUGGCUUGAAAUGGACCUACACCUCCUCAAUCGAAACCGACCCGUGAAGAAUGCCACUGAUAAAGAAAGACCUCCGCUUGCCUUGCUGCGACGCAGAUCUGGCGGCGGGACCGUAUUCCAUGAUGAAGGAAACAUCAAUUACAGCGUCAUUUCCCCCAAGUCAGAAUUCCAUCGCGAUAGGCAUGCCGAAAUGGUCGUUAGGGCUCUACAUAAAAUUGGGGCAGCUAAUACAAGUGUCAAUACCCGCCAUGAUAUUGUCAUGAGCCGAGAUUCCCCUGUUCCACCUCCGAAACAGGUUGUUCCAACGAGGACAGACGAUAUUGAGAGUCCGCCCGUUGAGACAACACCCAACGCUCUUAAGAUUUCUGGCUCAGCAUACAAACUAUCAAGGUUUAGGGCAUUGCACCAUGGCACGUGCUUAAUUGAUUCUCCGAAUAUCAAUUCGAUUGGAGCUAUUCUGAGCUCCCCUGCUCGGCCGUACUUAUAUGCGAAAGGCGUUGACAGCGUGAGGUCUCCAGUUGGCAAUAUCUCAUCGACUCUACCUGGUUUACCGGGAAAGGAUAUAAUGCAAGCGCUGGCCCUCAGGAUUAUGGAAGAAUUCACUUUGCUCUAUAACUCUGAUCGAAACUGCCUAAUGAAGGUUCAGGAGCAGCACGAUGAACCCUAUCUUUUUUCUCAUGAUCAGAUUGAAGCCGACAUUCAUGAAUACGAGGUACGCUGCAUCUUCCUGCAACCGACUGCACCCCUAGUCAAUGGAUUGGACAUACAAACCAUCCCCUCGAUUCACAUUUUCUACCCAUCCCACAAAGGAAGACCCGCGGCCAAGGCCGGACCUGCCAACCCAUCUGCAUCCUUCGGUACGUAUACACCCACUUCUUGA